AUGGCGACGGCCAGACCGAACGCUAUGCAGAGAGAGUGGGUGUGUGUAUGUGUGUGCGUGUGUGUCAGAGAGAGAGAGAGUGAGAGAGAGAGAGAGAGAGAGAGAGAGAGAGAGAGAAAGAAAACAAUGAAAGAAGAAGAUGACGAAGAGCAGGGGGUUAUGUGA